AUGGUGACCAACAAUCGACCAGUGAAUGGCGUCAUUCCCACAAAACCUGGCUCGAAUCUAGUGCUCCGUAAUGGAAGGAGCGAAUAUGUAACGGUGCCGGUAGCAGAUAUGGAUGACUCCUUUGUGGCUGAGGCUCAGAAGCAACGAUUCGGUGAAAAAGUGCUCAAACUCAUGGACUUUCGCUUUACGCCGAAAACCAUGCACCGAUUCCAGUGGAUAUCUCAGAUGCUGUUCUUCUUUGGCUUCGUCAUCUUCUGCUUAUUCUAUUUCCUUGUCUAUCCGAAUCUCCACAUCGUCAGCAUCGAUCCGACUUGCGAUAAGGCUAAAGCGGAAUGGUUUGCUGAGAUCAUCUGA